AUGGCAUUCAACAGGGAAGGUCAAUGGACCUGGAAACAGUUCAUUAUCUGCUUCGUCAUCUGCCUGGGCCAAGUGGCCUUCGGAUACCCUGCAUCUGUCAUUGGAGUCACACUCGCAAAAGUCCAGUUCUUGAGCUACAUGACCGUCAUCGAUGAGGAGGGGAACUUUACGUCCCAGGGAAAUGCAUUGAUCGGGGCUAUGUCUGGGGUAUUUCAAGCUGGGGGAUGCUUUGGAAUACUCGCAGUGACUUAUAUAAUGGACAGAUGGGGUCGCAAGGCCGGGGUCAUGUUCGUCUCGGGAAUAGGUCUCUUUAGCGGAGCUUUGGUCUGUGCCUCGCAGGGAGUUGUCAUGUUUCUUGUAUUUCGCUUCUUUGCUGGAAUCGCUUCAUGGGGCGCUCUCACCAUUACACCCGUAUUCUCGUCAGAGCUUGCACCUCCCGCUAUCAGAGGAUUCUUCGCUGGGAUGAAUGGCGUCUCGGUGGCGAUCGGGUACAGCUUUGCGACAUACAUGGGGCUAGCCUUCCACGAUACAAAUGGAUCGUCGCUCGAGUGGCGAGGUCCGCUUGGUCUCGCCGUAGUGUUCAGCUUGAUUCCCCCCGCCAGUUUGCCAUUCGUCCCGGAAUCUCCUCGAUAUCUCCUCAUGGCUGGUCGUGUUGAUGAAGCCAAAGCGGUAGUCAAAAAGCUUCACGACGUUUCGCACGCAGACGAGCAACAUUUUGUGAUGGCUGAGUUUUAUCAGAUGCAAAGACAAACCGAGUUUGAUAAGACUUUGGAUGCGUCCUGGGCUCAGAUGUUUCGACGGCCGUCGUACCGCCAGCGCGCGAUUGUUGCUGCAGGGUUUGCAUUUCUGUCACAGAGCACUGGGAUUCUUGUCAUUAAUAAUUAUGGAUCGAUCUUGUAUCGAGCGUUGGGCUAUGGUCCUCUAGAUCAGCUCAAAUUGCAAUGUGGAUGGAUCUCUAUGGGUUUUGCUGGCAAUAUCGUUGGGUCGUUGAUUCUUGACAAAGUCGGCAGGCGACCGUUGAUCAUCCUAGGGUUUUCUGGAUGUCUGGUCGCUCUGUGCAUCGAGUCAGCAUUGGUGGCAAUUUAUGCAACUCCAGUGCCGCAGGUCGACCCUAACAUGGCUGGAAUUCGUGCCGCCGUUGCCAUGCUCUAUGUCUUCCAGGUGUUCUAUGGAAUGGGAAUAGAUGUGCCACUGUGGCCUUACUGCGCCGAACUAUUUCCCAACCACGUGAGAGCCAAAGGAAUGGCGGUCUGCACCACAACGGUGGCCCUUCCUUCGUUGGUAUAUCUUGAAGUCGCCAGUACAGCUUUUGCAAACAUUGGGUGGAAAUUUUAUAUGGUCUUCAUCAGUAUAUGUUCCGUGGGGUUGAUAUGGAUAUUUUAUACUCUGCCGGAGACAAGUGGCCUGCCUCUCGAGGAGAUUGCCGCCCUCUUUGGUGACCACGACGACGUCAUGGUCUUCAGUGAAGAUAUUCAGUCCGGGGGUAAUUCUGGCGAGCUUGUCAUCAAACAACAUGCCCAGAACCAGAAUCUUGGCGAAAAUAACGUGGAGACGAAAGAAGCAUCAACCCAUCGCGAGGUAGUGGAUCUUAAUACCUGA